CCCGGCUGACCGCUCAUGUCUCUGCAGAGCCGAGUCCCUGGCCCCCUGGCACAGCUGUGUUUGGCGGGACAGCUGCUUAGUGCCCCACACCCCUGGCCAGGCACCUCAGCCUGUGCCAAGUGGACCCGCAGCAGUGCAUGCGGUCUUCCGGCGUCCCCUGAUGCCAACGGGCCCCGCACGCGGACCCCAGCGGGAGUUGGGGCUUGGGAGGCGCUGGCGGUGGGGCGGAGAGCUGGGGUGUGCACCUGGGCCCCCCUGGCCUUGGCGGCGAAAGUGGACCCGAACACCUGCACCAACUGGAAGGAGGCAAAAUCCUUUCUGAAGGGCCUGAGUGACAAGCAGCGGGAGGAACAUUACUUCUGCCAGGACUUCAUCAGGCUGAAGAAGAUCCCGACCUGGAAGGAGACGGCGAAAGGGUUAACCCCGAAGGUGGAGGAGCCCAAGUACAAAAAGGACAAGCAUCUCAAUGAGAAGAUCUCCCUGUUCCGAGGUGAUAUCACCAAGCUGGAGGUGGACGCCAUUAUCAACGCCGCCAACAACUCCCUGCUCGGAGGCGGCGGUGUGGACGGCUGCAUUCACCGGGCCGCCGGGCCCCUCCUCACCGCGGAGUGCCGGACCCUGCAGCACUGCGAGACUGGGAAGGCCAAGAUCACCAGCGGCUAUAGGCUGCCGGCUAAGUAUGUCAUCCACACGGUGGGGCCCAUCGUCCGCGGAGCGCCCAGCGCCAGCCAGGCUGCCAAGCUCCGCAGCUGCUACCUGAGCAGCCUCGCCUUGCUGCUGGAGCACCAGCUCCGCUCCGCCGCACUCCCCUGCAUCUCCACCGGAGUGUUUGGCUACCCCAACGAGGCAGCUGCAGAGGUGGUGCUGGUCACGCUGCGCGAGUGGCUGGAGCAGCACAAGGACAAGGUGGACCGGCUGAUCAUCUGUGUGUUUCUGGAGAAGGACGAAGACAUCUACCUGCGGCGGCUCCCCCACUACUUCCCAGUGGCCUGACCAGGUCUGAGUUGCUGCACACCCUGACCUGGGGGAGUCGCCUGGGCUUGCUGGACCUUGCUCCCAGCUCUAAGAGGUCGCUGAAGC